AUGGAUGAAAAAUAUGAUGUAUUAAUAUGUGGAACUGGACUAACUGAAUGUAUAAUAAGUGGAUUGUUAUCAACAUCAGGCAAAAAAGUUCUCCAUAUCGAUAGAAACAGUUAUUAUGGUGGAGAAGCAGCAUCAUUAAAUUUAACAACAUUGUAUCAGAAGUUUAGACCUGGUAAAUCUCCUCCUGAUAAUUAUGGAGCUAAUAGAGACUGGAAUGUAGAUUUAAUACCAAAAUUUGUCAUGGCAAGUGGUGAUCUCGUAAAAAUAUUAUUAAAAACAAAAGUGACAAGAUAUUUAGAAUGGCAGGUAAUUGAAGGUACCUAUGUAUAUCAAUUUCAAAAAGGAGGAUUGCUUUUUAAUCCCAAAUUCAUACAUAAGGUACCAGCUACUGAAAUUGAAGCUUUAAAGAGUCCAUUAUUAGGUCUUAUGGAGAAGAACAGAUGCAGAUCGUUUUUUUCAUUUGUGGCAAAUUGGUCAGAUGAUGAUGUUUCAAAACAAAUGGGAUUUAAUAGGAACACAAAUACAAUGAAAGAUAUAUAUGAUCAUUUCGGUCUAUCUUCGACCACUAUAGAUUUUGUUGGACAUGCUUUAGCUCUCUAUACAAAUGAUGAUUAUAUUAAUAAGCCAUGUGGUGAAACUUUGGAUAAGAUUAGAUUAUAUAUGAUGAGUCUAAGUAGGUAUGGUAAGUCUCCUUUUAUAUAUCCUGUAUACGGUCUUGGUGGUUUACCAGAGGGAUUUUCAAGAUUAUGUGCUAUUCAUGGAGGUACUUUUAUGCUAAAUACAAAUGUUAAACAAUUUUUAUAUGAUGAACAAGGUAAGGUAUCUGGUGUUAUUACCUCACAAGGAAAGGCUGAAUGUAAAAUGGUUAUCUGUGAUCCAUCAUAUGUAUUAAAUGAAAAUGAUAAUAAACCUAAAGUUAAGUGUACCGGUAAAGUUUUACGUUGUAUAUGUAUUUUAAAUUCUCCUAUUAAUGACACCAAUGAUGUGUCUUCAUGCCAAAUUAUUAUUCCUCAAAAUGAGCUUGGAAGAAAGAAUGAUAUUUAUGUUAUGAUGGUUUCAUGUACUCAUGGGGUGGCUCUUAAAGGCAAGUACAUUGCAAUUAUUUCCACUACUGUUGAAACUGAUAAUCCACUUUUGGAAAUUAAUCCAGCAAUAAAACUUUUAGGAAAUUCCAUUGAAGAACAAUUCUUCUACACAUCUGAUUUAUACGAACCAACUGAUUCAGGAAAGGAUGAUAAUGUUUUUGUCUCUAAAUCUUGUGAUGCUUCCUCUCACUUCGAAUCUCUAACUCAAGAUGUAUUGAGACUCUGGAAAAACAUUACUGGGGAAGAUUUGGAUCUCACUAAUAUUCCUACUGAAGAGGGAGAUGAAGAAGACGAAGCUAAUUUCUACUAG